CUUAUUACGAACAUUAAAUAAAUUACGAUGUAAGCUUCCGGUGACCCAGUGAUCGGUUUGGUCUACAAUCAUGUCCUUCGAAGAGUUAAAGUAUUUGUCUGGAUUUGGUAAUGAGUUUGCCUCUGAGGACCCUAGAUGUCCUGGUGCUUUACCAGAAGGACAGAACAACCCUCAAAAAUGUCCAUUUGGACUGUAUGCGGAACAGCUGUCAGGGAGUGCUUUUACCUGCCCAAGGGAGGCAAACAAGCGCAGCUGGUUGUACAGAAUACGGCCUUCGGUUGUCCACAUGCCAUUUGAGCACAUUGAACAAGGUUUAAUGACACAAGACUGGAAGGACACUGUCCCUAAUCCCAAUCAGUUGAGAUGGCUUCCAUUUGACAUUCCGAAAAAGUCAGCCGCGGCAGUAGAUUUUGUGGAGGGGAUUGCCACCCUGUGUGGGGCAGGAGACCCAUGUUCCAGAAAUGGUGCAGCCAUUCACAUUUUUGCUUGUAAUAGUUCAAUGGGUGAUAAAUGUUUCUAUGAUUCAGAUGGUGAUUUGCUUAUUGUGCCACAGCAGGGUGCUUUGUUGAUAACGACAGAAUUCGGGAAGAUGAAAGUGAACCCUAAUGAAAUUUGUAUCAUUCAGUUAGGAAUGCGGUUUAAUGUGGAGGUAGAGGGCCCAAGUAGGGGAUAUAUACUGGAAAUAUUCAAUGGUCACUUUACACUACCUAAUCUGGGACCAAUAGGUGCCAAUGGUCUUGCUAAUCCUCGAGACUUUCAGACCCCAUCGGCUUGGUAUGAAGACCGUGAUGUAACCAAAUAUACAGUCAUUAACAAAUACCAAGGUCAUCUGUUCAAAGCUAGUCAGACACAUUCCCCGUUUGAUGUUGUUGCUUGGCAUGGCAACUAUGCCCCAUAUAAAUAUGAUCUUGCCAAGUUUUGUACAGUAAAUACAGUCUCCUUUGAUCACAUGGACCCUUCAAUCUUUACUGUGCUAACUUGUCAGUCAACUAAACCAGGUGUGGCUAUAGCUGACUUUGUUAUAUUCCCACCUAGAUGGGGAGUGGCUGACAACACAUUCCGCCCACCAUACUAUCAUAGGAACUGUAUGAGUGAGUUUAUGGGUUUGAUACAUGGAUCAUAUGAAGCAAAGGAAGAAGGAUUUCAACCGGGUGGCGGAAGUCUUCACAGCAUGAUGACUCCUCAUGGUCCUGACGCAAAAUGCUUUGAAGGUGCUUCAAACGCUGCCCUGAAACCACAGCGUGUUGCGGACGGUACGAUGGCCUUUAUGUUUGAGUCAUCCUUCAGUUUUACCGUGACAAAGUGGGGCAAUAAGACCAAAGUGGACAAUACAUAUUACAAGUGCUGGCAGUCACUCCAAAAACACUUCACACCACCCAAGGCUGACAUAAGUGAUGGACCCAGCAAAGCUAAAAAGGCAAAAAAUUGAUAAAUCUGGUUGUCUUGCUUUAUUUUCAAAAACCUCUGAGUAUAACAGCUUUAUACAACCUCUGAGUAUAACAGCUUUAUACAACCUCUGAGUAUAACAGCUGUAUACAACCUAUGCAGUUUUCUUGUCAUUUAACUGAUUAUACAGUUAAGUGGCUUGCUUUACCUUAUAAUUCAUAUUCAGAGUCUAUAGAUAUCAUAAUCAGUAUGUGUCCCGUGAUAAGUACAAGAGGCCAGAAGAUAGUCUGUGACUCAAAAUAGGACGGUGGGCUUAUUACCGGAUAAUGAUGUAGCAUUGAAUGCUGCCUUUCCAGUUUGAUUCAAAGUUCAAUAUAUUUAAUUCUGGGGUUGUCUGUGACAUGAUUUUCAGAUUUUGUUAUCCCUAGUUAAAAUUUCAAGUGUUGUUAUGAAUAGAUACCCUAACCAUGUCAGUGAAGGAGGUUAUCACAUAUCAAAGUUAUUUCAUUUCAAACUCAAUGAAUAAUCAUAGCUUAACAAAUUACUUUGACCUUUUGGUAGAGUUGAAAAUCAAAUAAAAUAUCAGAUAUUAACUGUGUUUAUUUUACAACAAUUGCAAAACAAGUUAUUUCAACUUAUACUAAUCACUCUUGUUAGCCCGGAUGUAAGCACACGAGGGGUCUUAUUGUGGGAGGAAACUGGGGUACCGGGGAAAAACCAUGUGGUCGGGCAGGUGACCCUUACUUUUUCACGUAUGUUCUGGGAAUUGAAACCCUAGAUGGCAAGGUGAAAGGCGAGUGCGUUACCACUGCGCCACAUGACCACCCUGGUUGUGUUAAAGUACAGUCCAUCACCUCAGAGGUUCCUCAUGACAAGAUUCCAUGAAAAACAUAGUUCAUUAUUAAGAUGACAAAACUUUUUUUUUCACAUGGUUUCACAUAGAAUCAGCUGUUACAGUAUUUGAUGAUAAUUAGAGAAUAUAUUGAUGAAAAAUGCGUUAGCAUUCACCAAAAUAAGGGGAACAAAAUUCCUAACUUCUAGUCAGCAAACCAACGCAGUGAUAUGACUGACACGAAUGGCAGCUAUUGGCAUCUCGCUGAAGUUUUAGUGGAGGUGAUUGAAAUUAACAGACACAGGCUUAUUGCUGGAUAAAUAUAGUAUAUGUGUUGAUAUGCCCAUCCAUCAUAAUUGAUGCAAAUGUUAUAAAAAGGCAUAUUCUGGGUGACUCCAGGCAUCACUGUUUUUGAUUCCUUGUUACUUCAUCUUCCAGUUAAGUUUUCCAGAUCUAGAAGUGUAUUUUGUAGAGAAAAAGUGUCACACUUAGUAACUGAAUCACCAAUCCCUUUAUAUAUAUAAAUGUACAUAGUUUGAUCUUUUAUCCAUCUUCAAGGCAUUCUUGUUUUACUUUGAUUUGGAACAUACACAUUAUUAAAAGUUUUGUCAAAUAGGAGAACAUAAAAGGAUUUUUAAAGAUGGGAAAGUAAUCAGUCCUGUAUCUCUUCAUUAAUUGCUUUUUUCAGUAUCGAUAUAUUGAUAAUUGAGUUGCAAGGAUUAUCCAAGAACUCUUUGUUUUGCAAUUUGUCUCGAAUGAAUAGUUGUAUGUGAUGGUUCCACAGGAGUAUAAAAUAGAUUUGCCAAUAAUCCAGUAUGCCUUCAAUAUUUAUUUUCUAUUCAACACCAGUUGGAAAAGUGUUUAAUGAAGGUGUUUCAUGCAAUAUUCCUCGGUUGAAUCUGAGCUGAAGAAUGCAAUAUCUUCAGAAGAUGUGAUAAGGUUAUAUUGUCAAAAGGCAGUGGACAAUCAUUUCGGAAACCAAGCUGGUCAUUCUGGUACCCUUGGAUUUUUCUGUUGUUAUCAAUCUUUUGCCCCCAGUAUAGGAAUCUGAAAAUAGUGUUCUCAAUAUUUACCCUAUAAUAAUCCCAACACAUUUUUUGACUGAAAGUAGGUGAUAUUUGUAGAAUUUUUCCCUGAUCACAAAUAGACAUGGAUUUAAUACAAUUAACUUCUUAUCGAUGAAUACAUAUAUAUAGGAGAAUAUGGUUUUUUUAAUCCUGUCACUUAGUGUUAUCAAUAAAACAUAUGGAUCUCACAGAAGGAGUAAACAAGAUAUUAACAUCAUUCCUUAAUGGUAGGUUAUCUUUAUUGGAUGUCAGAAACUGCGAUAUUUGUCUUACUGACAUUUAUAAAAUAUUUGAAUGAUUUAAGUAUUAAACCUACUGUAUUGAUUUUGUAAUGGAGCUACAUUACAUCUUAUCCUAAGCAAGCCAGUGGUGUUAAUACAUUGUUUUAAUGGAUUGUGAUAUUGUUUCUGUAGUCCGGGUAUAUACAAUGUCAGACAUUAAUCUAUACAUCUAUGAUUUGUUUACAUAUGUAGUCUGUGUAGCAUAUCUGAUCAGAGGUAUUAUUGCAUGGUACUAGUAUGUAGUGAAGUAUUAUUGUGUAUGUUUUUAUUGAUAUCCAAGACAUUGGACAAUUUUAAUUGUGAUUUGUGAAAUCACCCAAUGUACAUAUCAAAUCAGUCAUAAAAUUGGAAAUCCAUACAACCAAUGAAAACAUAUUUUAUUUAGCAAUGUAACAAAGGGAUGGGGAGCAAUUUACCACCAAUUCAAAAUUCCUUCUUGCAAUAAACUUAUAUUGUUGAAGUUUCACAAGUUUUGUUCAAGUGUGUUAAGAACAAAAAUUGUAAUUCAUGCCAAGAUAUUUGAGGCUUGAUGUACAAACUGUCAUUUGUGACAUCGUUUUAUAUUGUUAUACAUUAUACACCAUGUUGAAUACAUCUUUUAUAUAUUUAGCCAGAAAUGUAAUUUCGAAUGGUCAUAUCUAGAUACUUUCCUCUAUUUUUUUCACGGUGUUGUUUCCUCUUGCUUUGGAGGAACAGCCAAAUUUGUUGUUCCUUUGUUUAUCAUUGUCCUCACAAUUUUCUCAAUGCAGAGACAACGAAUUACAGCACGCUUUUGUACUCUGUUCCUUAGGCACAUCAGAGAAAAUCAUUUCCUUAUCUAGAUUGCAAACUUCCACAACUUUCUUUUUAUUUUCUUUGUGUUAACAUUAUAAUGAGGUGAAGUGUAACAUUUGCCAGACUCUUGUCUUGUCACAAUAUUAAAAAUAAUGUUGUAUUAGUCGGUGUAUUUUUUUAUACAUAUCGUUGUACAUGUUUGAAUCUCUAUUCACAAAAUGUUUACUUCAUUGUCUCAAUCUCUUUUUUGUACAGGAGGCAGUUGGUGCCGUAAUUAUGACUUUGUUAUUUCAGUUGUAUGACAUGUAUGUCAUAAUUACCAUUUAGUAAUCUCAGAAGUAGUUUAUAGUUCAGUAUGAUGAAAUCAAAACUUUGUUAUCUCAUAAUUACCAUUUAUGUCACGAUAACAGCUAUGUCAUAAUUAUGAUACUGUUGUAUAACAAUUACAGCUUGGUUAUCUCAUUAUUGAUUAUGGCUUAGUAUGUUAUAUUAACAAAUUAGUAAGUUGUAAUUACGAUAUAAUUAUGUCCUAAUUAAGUCUUAACAUAGACCUUUCCUAUUAUGAUAAUAUAAUUAUUUCAUGACUUAGUCAUAAAUCCGACACAGCUUACAUUGAAUCACAGCUAACUUAUAGUAACCAUGUUUUGUGUUCUAUACUUUUUACUUGACUUUACCCAUGCCUUCAUAUUCUUUCUAAAAAUUCUUGAAAUCUUUAUUCUCUCACAAUUUUUUUUUUUUUUUUUUGUACCUGAAUGGUGUAAAUUUCAAGUUGUUCAUUUGGCAAAACCUAUAGCACAUCUUUCGGUCUUCUGAAUUCAUUGAAUAGUUUUAGGGAACUUUGUUAAAACAUUCAGCUUUUUGGUGAAUAACACAAGGAAGUAUCAUGAAAAAGGAAAAUCAUUCCUGAAAGGAAUUAAAAUAUUGUAUAAUCAACUUAUCAUCAACUGAAUAAUUAUCUGUACCUGGUGUUGUAACUUCCGUGCAUGAAUGAAUAUGAAUUGUAAUUCAAAUAUCUGCAUUACACAGAAACUGUAUUAUCCAUAAAUAGUACACAAGUAUUGUACUUUUUGAAAUGUCAUUCAUACCACUUUUGAAUGUGCAAUGAAGCUUAACAAAGAUUUUAUUGUGUUGAUGAAGUACUCGUAGAUUGUAGCUAUAAAUCAUUGGAAUAAGGACGUUUGAAUAAACAGUGCUUUCAGA